UCUAUAAUUACCCUUGUAGCGCGCGCUGUGCGUUUCCGACACAAAAGACCAUUUCGUGCGCGCCGCUCUGUUGUACUGGUACCUAAUUUCUUCGUCUACGCCUUAUCAUCAUCAUCUUGCGCCUUUGUCCUUGACCUUUGGCCAUGCUUUGGCUACGACGCUGACACGUACGGCUUACGUACUAUUGGAACGCCUGGAAAGUCCCACGGAACGCACAUUCUUAUCGCCCCAAAGGUAUUUGUUCAGGAGAGCUAGAUGUCAGUUAAAAACACGAAAUAUGUACAUAAACUCGAGAGGCCACGUCCUCUACGUCCAGCAGAGCCUCCAGGGUCCGAUCCUGACACGUCUUUGACGCCUCUGCUCAGUCCUGCCGAGGACAUGACCUCGCCGAUCGACGUUGUAAUGAGCCCCUCAGCCGACGAAUUCUUGCUCAGUCAGAUGGAGUCACUUUGUGCUUCCCUCGACAAUGGGAACCACAGCGAUACCGAUCUAGAACAGGUCUGUCGCCUUCUGAAAGUCAAGGGUGCUGCCAUGGAACGAUUAUUCGAAGACCAGUUGGACACACACUUCAUCACCCUGCGCAACGCUUCCCGUGAGGACAAACUCGACGCUUUCAGCCGCUUGAUGCUCCUCGAACUGAUUGAACUGCGUGCCAUGGGCUGGCAGAGCGAUGAGGAGACAACGGAGUAUUAUUGUCGCAAGUUUGAAGAGCUCGGGUUUGAUUCCAUCGAGUACGACGACGCUUAUGCAGAGAAACUGGCCCGCGAGUUCCAGCAGAAGCAGCAACAGGAGCAGCGUUCACAAAUGGAAACUGUCAAGGCGGGAACAAAGCCUGCGGAAGCGCCGAUCUUGCCGUGGGCCUCUCAAGAGAUCAAGAAUCGCGAAAAUUCUGCCAACCCACAAAGUGUCUCAUAUCAAGGACCCCUAAAAGGUGAGGCUACUUUUCAAAACCAUAGCAUCUGGAAAGAGAGCCCUAAUCUGCAAGAGGAACAAAUGCAUAAGUGGUCAGGAACCUCCGAUAUGUCAGCCAAGGCUACAUGGCAGCACUUUUUAAGGAACGAAGAGGUGGUUCAAAAUGCUAAUGCAAGUACACAAGCCCAGACUGAAGGUGUUGCGCAAAUGGCUAAAGUAAUUUCUGAAGACAUCACACAGUACAGUGCGCCUCCAAUGCAGGAUGGAAAGUGGGCCAAUGGGACAACAACUGACUAUCUUAAUAUGUAUCAGAAGACUGCUCCUGCUGAGGCUGACGCUAAGACAUGUGUAGAGACCAUCACUGUUGGCAAGGAUCUCAUCCAGAUCAGUGGAACAAACGGCACUAUUGUGAAUAUCUCCACAUGUGUACUACGGAGCUUUUUUUCCGGCACAACAGCAGACACAUUUAACCUUGCAAACCAAGAUUUGUCUAGCAUGCUCUCUGGGUCAGGUGAGCCAUCGAACAAACCUACAGUGCCUGGGCUGCACACAGAUGCAGUGCAUGCGCAGGGGCAAACUGUUGGAAACAGUAGUUUUCAGAAGAGCCAGGUGGACAGCUCACAUGGUGAAGCUUACGAAAAAGAUGAACUGAGACUUGUGACAGAUGCAGUGGCUUGGCCGCUGAGGGACACCUUGCAGUCUGUCGAUGCACCGAAGACACAGUCUGCACAAGGCAGUUUUGAGAGAUUUCGAGGUACCAGUGGACCUACUGAGAAUACCCGAUUCAAGGGACUUCAAAGCCUUACAGAAUUCAACAAUCAGUGCAUGCGUCCAACUGACUUCAAAGCUUGGGGCAGUAAUGACAAACCUGAACAAACCAAGCAAAUUGAUGGGCUCGGAAGCUCAAUGCAGUUUUCAAGAAGUGUUGACAACAAGCAUAUGCCUUCGACUAGCUCCAAGACGUUGGGCACUACCAGUGAACCUGGCCAACACAAUCAGUUCAAGGGCCUUUUGAAUCCAUCACAGUUAUCAAACAAGGAUGAUGGCCAACUACUCUCAGCUGGCUUCACUGCAUUGGCUAGUAGUGAGGCACACAGCCAAACAAGACAGUUGGAGAGACUUGUAGGCUCGAUGCAAUUUUCACGCAACACUGAAAACCAGCAGUUCAAGCCUACUGGUGGCCUUAAGGCAUUGGGCAGAAACGACAGAACUGACCAAAGCAAGCAAUUUCUUAGUCCAGGAAGCUCACCACAGCUCUUUACCAGUUUUGAUGAGCAAGUGCUUCUAACCAAGGCAUUGGGCACUACCAGUGUACUUGACCAGCCUAAGCAGUUCAAGGGCCUUGCAAGACCAGCACUGUUUCCAAGCAAGGCUGACAGUGACAAUACUCAGCAGCCACUUUCAACUGCCUUCACUACCUCCGGUAGUACUAGUGGCCACAGCCAGACCAAGCAUCUUGAGAGACUUGGAGCAUCAAUACAGUUAUUGAGCAACGUUGAAAACCAGAAGGUGCCUUCACGUAACUUGAAGCCAUUAGGCUACACAGAUGUUCCCAGUCAGACUAAGUAAUUUGAGGGAAUUGGAAGUGCAACACAGUGUUCAAGCAAUACUAAUGAGCACAUGCUUUCAGCUGUCUUCAAGACAUUGAGUACUAAUGGCCAAACAGCUGGGAAAAGGCAGCUCAAAGGAUUUUGCAAAUUUCUUAGAGGUUGAAAGAAGUGCCGAUGACCAGCAAGUGCUCCCGUCAUCAACUUUGUCAGAGGCUGCUGGUCCAUCUUGCAGCCCUCACAGAGGCCUCAAGAUGUACACUAGAGAGUUCCUCCUGCAGUAUUCCCAGUCGUCCCUGGCCACUCAAGAACCACCAGAAUUUCCAGUG